AUGGCCAACGUGCUCUCGUGCUCUGGUCACGUGCGCAUAGUCAACGGGGAGAUCUUCUUCCGCCUCGGUGGCUUCGAGUUCUUUUGGUAUCGCAUGCGCCGCUUCGUCUUCUCAAUCCUCAUGAUCAAGGAGGCCAUUGCAAAGUACAACCUGCACUCUCUCAACGCCGAGUUCUUCAUCAGCACCUGCGACAUGCACAUGAGCAAAUCCUCUUCCAUUGCCGAUCGUCGCGCCGGCCUCCCCAUUUUCAGCCCGCACGGCGCGCCCGGCAGCAUCGACAUACUCUACCCCGACCUGGUGGAUCUGAGCGCGAGCUAUUUCCAUACCGGGGAGGAUGCUGUGCCGUGGGAACAGAAGCAGAGCCGGGCCGUCUUUCGCGGCGGGAUGACAAACUUCCGCGUCAACUAUGACAAGCAGUGGCGAGCCAGCCCUCGGUUCCGUGUGCAUCGGAUGUCACAAUUGCGGCCAGACAUCCUCGACGCGAAGGUUGUUGGGAACCACCUAAGCACGGCUGUGAAUGGGGAGCUCCUGAGCAGCUUGCGGGAGGAUGGGAUUGAGAUGGGCGAACGUCUUGAUCCGUCGCAGCAGCUGGGAUUCAAGUACGAGCUGGAUGUGGAUGGAGGAACCGGAAGCGGCCGCGUGUGCAAGAUCCUGUCAAGCAAGCAGAUGAUGAUCAAGCAGAUGAGCGAGUACACGCAGCAUUUUGACCCUCUACUGUGUCCUAACAAGCAUUUCCUAACCCAAUCUGUACCAGCAGAUCGAGUGGGCACGGGACCACGAUAG